AUGAAUGCAAGUGUUAACCGUAAACGUUUGCGUUCGAACGAGAGUGACGGGUGCUUUGCUCUGCAGCGGAAAACCUUCGUCAACCAGCAGAUGAUGGACCAACAGGACCCAAACAAAAUGAAACGAAUACUUGCGAAAACAAUCAAUUUGCUGUUCCAGGGAGCAAAGCAUCACGACAAAGAUUUGGUUGCCAAUCAGCAGGAGUCACUGAAAUCGGUUCGUUUGCUCGGUAGCGGAGAAAUAGAUUAUGAUAUGAACGCCACGUCUUCCUGGUUGGGAAAGAAAGCUGAUCGAAAAUGUCGCCAGUGCGAUCGUAUGGCGAUUGUGCACGCGGAUUGCAUCAACUGCAACUUGGAAUUGUGCGAGUACUGUGGUGUGAACUGCAACUUUUGCCCGGAAAAGAUUUGUCUGAACUGUGUGAACAUAUUUCAAUGCGUAUCGCAUGAGCUGCCCUGCUGUGAGCAAUGCAAAAUGUUUGUUUGA